AUGGAAGUACUGAUAAGGAGAUUAGAAAGGUAUUUUGACGCGAAGAAGCUCACAGUGAACGUGGGAAAAAUGAAAGUAAUGAGGUUCAGAAAAGGAGGCGGGAGGCAGAAGCAGGUGGACUGUGGAUGGAAAGGGAAAAGAAUAGAGGAGGUAAAGGAAUUCAAGUACUUGGGAUACACCUUUAAGAAAAACGGGAAACAGGAUGGACAUAUUAAGGAAAGAGUGAAGAAGGCAUAUGAAGGUCAUGAAGCAGAUUCAUUUUACGUUUUAUUUCUUUUCUAUCUGAUUGCAGCAUAUUUGAUGGCUGAUCAGGGUUAUGACGUCUGGUUGGGAAAUAACCGUGGCAAUAUUUACUCAAGAAAUCAUACAAGCAUUUCACCUAAAGAUAAAUGCUUUUGGGACUUUAGUUUCCACGAAUUAGGUCUUUAUGACCUUCCAGCUAUUAUCGAUUAUGUCAUCGAAAUUACCGGAAGUUCAAGGAUUUUCUACGUAGGUCACAGUCAGGGUUCGACACAGUUCUUCGUGAUGAUCUCUACAUUUCCUGAGUAUAACUCUAAAAUUAUUCUCAUGGGUGGCCUUGCGCCCGCAGCCUAUACCAGCAACAUACGUGGCCCAGUUACGAAACUGGCGCAACUGACAUACCUUGGUGUGUGGGUUGGAGAGAAAUUUGGCUAUCCGGAAUUUGGGUCACGUUCUAAUUGGGGCAAGUUCCUUGCGAGCUUUUUAUGUCAUAAUGAAGCACUCACGCAGAUUUUGUGUAAAAACAUUUUUUUUCUUAUUGCUGGUUUUAAUGAAGAAGACUUAAAUUUGGCUAAUUUUCCGGUCAUAAUUGGGCAUAUACCGGCGGGAGCAUCGUGGAAACAGUUUGUUCAUUAUGGACAGGGUUUCAUCAAUCCAGGUUACUUUAGGCAUUUUGAUUACGGAAACAUUCAAAUUAAUUUUGAAAUCUAUAACGCUAGUGAACCGCUUGAAUAUAAUUUGGAAAGCGUUACUACACCCGUCGCACUUUUUAGUAGCAACAAUGACUGGCUAGCUACUCCAGAAGAUGUCAAUAUGCUGCGAAAGAAACUGCCAAAUAUCGUCCUCGAUUAUGAAUUUAGUAUGAAUUCAUUCAAUCAUUAUGAUUUUAUUUGGGGUUGUAGGGCACCCCACCUGGUUUUCGACACUUUACUAAAUUUAAUGGCAAAAUAUUUGUAGCUACAUAGUUAGUUGAUACUAGAAUCAUAUAGCACGCACUUUACAUAUGCCGAAUCGAAAACAAAUAAACUAUUUAAAAAUAAAUCGAAUUAAGUCUUUUUAAUAAAUUUUUAUAAUGUUUCUACUAUACCAAAUAUUUUCCAAACGAUAUAUUCCGAGAUAUAUUUCGAAUGCCGUCAAUACGAAACGUA